GGCUUCAUUGUAGUUCUGCAACUUCGACACCAUGACUGUGUCUGCGCCUGUGCCUGUGCGUGCUAUAUCUCCGCCAAGGAUGCUUCCUCUCGGAACGAGUCAACCUCCUGGCGACAAAUAUGCAGUUAGUGUGUCCUUGCCAACAUGGGACUCGGUACCCGGCCGACCCCUUGGCUAUCAAUGGGUGAUUGAGAAAAUGCAGACAAAUUAUCCAAGGUUCGGUGUCAGUGGCAUCGUGCAACAGUUAGCCAGCGCCGUCCUGCAGCGGUGCGCGGUCCCAGAAGAACAGAUGCAUUGCCUUGUGUUCACCUCCAAGGAUGCAGCAAGUCGAUGUAUGGUGUAUCUCCAGAACCACCAUAACUCGGAUAUUCGAGCAGACGUGGUAUCCCUCUACCUAUCCCACGGGGCUACUGGCCCGACAAGCACACAUUGGGACCGGUUCUACGCGUUGAUAUACGAUGCUGAUGCCAGGGUGGCAGCAGGCCACUUCUGGUCUAUAUUUGGUGACGGAAUUUCCGGUCGGCAUGCCGAAUUUUAUCUUCAGCUCUGGCCAUAUAUGUGCUCUGAGUCUCAAAAUGAAUUUUUGCAGUUCUGUGCUCCUGCCACAGGAGCAGGCAGAUAUGCUGGCACUCUCACUGGCACUGGCAAGAUAGCCAUCCCGAUGCUCGAAUUGUUGGAUGGAGAGCAAGCGGCGAAAAUGGAGAUUAAGAACAGGAUUGCGGAAUUGAUUGCGUCUGAUAAUCCUGAGCUCACUCCACCGUCUGCAAAAGAUGUAUUCCUUUACGCAAAGGGGAUGUGCGCUAUUUCUGCCGUGGCACGGGCCCUGAUCCCAGAGGACAAAGGCGCUUCAGAAGCGGUGGUAUUCGGGUGGCCCUACGCCGAAACCCCCAAAUGUGUAGGCCAAUCUGGCUAUGAACGCUUCACACUCUACAGUCAGGGGACAACAGAGGAGUUGAAUCAGCUAGAAGCAUCACUCACGUUGGGAUCACGCAUCCGUGUCUUGUUCUGCGAAGUUCCGUCGAAUCCGCUCCUUCGAACUCCUGAUCUUCAGCGGAUCCGGAACCUCGCAGAUCAGUACGACUUCGUUGUUGUCUGCGAUGAAACGCUUGGGACAUUUGUUAAUGUGGAUAUACUUCCGUACGUGGAUGUGGCCAUCACGAGCCUAACCAAGAUCUUCAAUGGCGCCGCCAACGCUAUGGGAGGGAGUGCCGUCGUCAACCCGCACAGCCGCUACUACAGUGAAGUCCACGCCAGACUUACAGCUACAUACGAGGACCUCCUCUUCCCAACUGAGGCGCUUGUCCUCGCCCAGAACUCCCGAGACUUCCAAGGACGCGUGGGCAGGUGUAACGCCAAUGCCCUUACCCUGGCUACUUUCCUCUCAUUGCACCCGAGAAUCGAGUCCGUGCUUUACCCUCCCUUGGUGCCUACCAGGCAACUCUAUGAGCUCUAUCGUCGCAGGAACGGCGGAUAUGGGUAUGUUCUGAGUAUCCUGUUCCGGGAACCGAACGAUGCGGUAAGGUUUUAUGACAAGUUGGAUAUGCGCAAGGGGCCAAGUAUUGGCACGAACUUUAGUUUGGCCCUUCCAUAUGCCCAGCUCUCUCAUGUCUUUGACCUCGAUUGGGCUGAGUCCCAGGGGAUUCCCAAGCAUAUUGUGAGGCUUAGUGUUGGGUUGGAAUCGGAGGAUGAAUUGGUGAAGUGUGUUUCUAGGGCGUUAGAGGGUUUCACGUCCAUUUAG